AUGAUACUUUUUAAUGUGCUGUUAAUUUCGUUUUAUCUACAUGCAAGUCUAGCGAGAAACCUUGAUGGAUUAAAUGGAACAGAACUAGUGUUUACUUUUCUGGUACAUCGACAUGGUGAUAGAACACCUGUGCAGGAGUACCUGUAUCUAAGCGACAAGCCUGAAUUGCUGCAGAAAAUAACAGAACCACUCGGAUAUGGCCAACUGACUGACCUUGGAAAACGUCGAGCCUACGAACUGGGAAAAUUCAUACGAAAUAGAUAUAGCGAUUACCUUUCACCCAAAUAUAACCAGUCAGAAAUCUACAUCCGGUCUACCGACUCCACACGCGCUAAGAUGACGGUGCUUGUGGCGAUGGCAGCCGUAUAUCGCCCUGAUGGACAUGGCUGGAUUGAAGAUAUCAACUGGGUUCCAGUACCGUACACCACCGUACCAUUGCGUUAUGACUUCCUCAUGGGCUUUAAUUGUCCAAGGUUUGACGAGUACAAAAAAAAAUUAUUAACUACUUAUAUUCCCGAGAUGGCGAAAUAUAAUGACGUGCUAGAUCGGCUUUCUUCAGUACUGAAAAAUGAUAUAAGAAGUACUCCAGUUAAGAUAUUCUACGCAUAUGACUUGUUCAUUAGUCAGACACAUAUGGGUAUUCCUGUUGAACCAUCAAUAGAGAAAAUGAUGCCGGAUAUAAAAGAGGCGGCUGACAAAGCAUUUGAUAUAUUAUUUGCUAACGACACCUUGCUGCCAUUAAAAGCUGGUUUACUUUUAAAUGAAUUCUUCGAGGUAUCCGCAUCAGCAGUUGCUGGAGAGCCCACUCAAAAAGUGAGGAUUUACUCCGCACACGAUAACAACGUGUACGCCUUCGAGGCGAUAUCAAAGGCAAUACCUAGACAGGGCGUACCGCCGUAUGCUGGAUUAUUUGCGCUGGAAUUAAGAAGGGUGGUGAAAACGGGAAGAUAUGUCGUUUUGCCAAUUUACGUAAAAUCUCCCGGUGAACAAGUGCAAUACCUAGAGAUCAAAGGAUGCGGUGGACCGCUGUGCGACCUCAAGAAGUUCUAUGACAUCACUUCUCCCUAUCUCCUUGACGUUGACGAGUGGAAGAAAAGGUGUAACUAUGACGAGAAUGCUACAUUCAAUAGUGAAGGCUUUGAUUGA